UAAAACAGAAGCAGUAUUUAAAGAAUUGUGCAUAAAAAUGACUCCCGUUUUAUUUUUAAGUUGUUUGAUAUCUUUCGUUUGUGUACAUAGUGAAGUGAUAAAGCCUCAAUUCAAAAAUUACACCAUUAUAGAUAAUACAAAGUCGCAUUCGAUUGGUGUUUGGUACUUAUAUAGCAGCAAAGAAUCUUAUUUCAUACAAAAUGGGAGAGAAUCUAGCAAAUACCUGAAUUGUUCAGACGGCUUCACCAAAUAUUUGUGUUCCUGCCUACAAACCUUAUCAAAUAACUCCUUAAGACCAGGAUUACUUAGUAAUCCUGGUACCAUUCAAAUACCUAUCAAAGACAUACAAGAAGUUUUAGUGGAUAUAGAAAAAUGGUUAGUGAUUUUACCGAGUGGAACAGUUUGUGACUAUCAUGAAGGAAAAUGCCUAGACCUAAAUAUUAGUAAAUCCCUUGGUGUUUGCUGGAACAAAGAAAGAAUUAAAAAGAAACCCGAUAUAGAGAGCUAUAUAGUGGAGGAAUAUACCAUAAAUUUAAACACGUUUAUAGUUUUUAAGUACAACGGAAAUAUAAUUACACUACAACUAUUGUAUUUAAUCAAAAACAACACACGUUUGUGGUGUACUAAUAGAGUAGAUAUGGUGGCUUUUAAAGGCUCUUUAGAGGAUUACUACCAUGAUCACGGUACUACAAAUACGUCAUCUAGAGAGUUGGGGUGUUAUCCUAACAUUUUUUAUUCAAAUGAUAAAAACACAGAAAGUAAAUCUGAUGAUAAUAAUAUUGAAGCUAAUACCAUGUAUGGAAUUAUGAAUUCUCAAAAGUUCCAACAAUUUUCUGAAAGCUUUUGGGUCAUUAAGUUUGUAUGCGUACCCGUUAUUACAACUUUGAUAUUAUUACAUAUGAUUCUAUCCUGUCUGCAGUUCAAGGUUUUAAACGAUUUAAAAAAUGGAAGAUGUGUUCAACAGGAGAAGAAUUCGGAAAAGGAUAAUACAGAAUUAAACAAAAAUCAAUCCAAUACAAAGGAAACUUACUACGAAAGUGUUGACUAUGAUGCCAUGAUAGACCAGUAAGGAUCUGUUUUUAGGUGGAUGUGAGAGGUGGCCUUCAGAUUUUUGCGAAUAAAGUUAGGUGAUAACUUCGUUAAUAAUAAUUGAUUUAUGCUCCUUCUCAAAUAUGCCCGGAACAUUA